CUUCAUCUCCAUUGGGAACCUGGCCACACUGGUAUCCCAGGUAAUGAUGAAGCUGACACUCUGGCAAAACAAGCAGCUAAGUAUCCCCAACCUGAUAUAGACAGUUAUCUCUCACUGACCAAAUUGAAGACACAGAUAGAGCAGUCUACCAUUAAAGCACGGCACCAGUACUGGACACAGUUACAACCAGCUAAACAGGGCAGACAUUAUAGGUCCAUCCACUUCCACCUACCUUCUCUCCAUCCUCCACCAUACUUCUUUCAACUCUCCAGACCACAACUUGCAACUGUCACCCAACUUAGACUUGGGCAUGGCUACUUCAACUCUUAUCUUAGCAGAUUGGAUGAGAAUGUCAGUAACAGAUGUGUU